CUGGAGGAGUGUGGGGAGAGGGAUCGCAGCUAGCCGGGCUGGCAGGAGUUACGGGGUGGCCGGCAGGGAUGUGAUCCAGAGCGGGAAUUCUCGGAGCUGGGAGCAGGGACACCCAUCCCGGCUCACGUGGUGGCGGUGGCAGGAGGGGCAUUGCUGUCCCCAGCCCUUCCCCGUGUCCCCAGGGCUGCUGCCACCCUCGGGAGCUGAGUGCUGGGGCGCCCUUCCCGCUCUGGAAUUGUUGGGGUUCCCCUACAGCACAUCUGCGAUUCUUGGGGAUCCCCUACUAGCACACCCACGGCUUUAGGGGAUCCCCCAAAUUUCCCUGUGCUGUCCCACCGGCUCCGCCUCUCCUGCCUCAGUUUCCCCCGCUGUGCUCCAGAGGGGCAUUUUUGGGAGGGAUUGCUGCCGGAUUGGUUUUUUUCCCGCGGGAUUCUUCAGGGAAGAGGAAGCGGCUCCGGCGGUGACAAGCUCCAGUUGCUGUGGUAUCCAGUGAGCCCUCCUCCUCCUCCUCCUCCUCCUCCUCCCGCUGCAGGAGCUGCACGCCGGGCGUUGCUAAGGUCGCCUCCGCGGUAACAUGCACAUCCUGUUUACACCUUCAUCCCGACAACUUGGGCUCGGAUAGAGCCGCCCGUUCCCCCCGGGAAGCCCCCAGGGAAGGGGCCACACGGAGCAUCCCCCCGGAGCCGCCGGAGCUGCGAGCGAGGCCGCCCCAGGAGCGCCGCGCCGGUGGCACCGUCACUGUGACAAGAUGACGAACAACGUGGCCGACCACCACCCCGGGAACUCGGUGGCCGAGGGCAACCAUGAGGGGGACUUUGGGUGCUCCUUGGUGGAGCUCAGGAACCUCAUGGAGCUGAGGAGCGCCGAGGCCGUGGCCCGGAUCAACGACUCCUAUGGCGGCGUCCAGAACGUCUGCAAGAGGUUGAAGACGUCGCCGGUCGAAGGCCUGUCUGGGAACCCCACGGACCUGGAGAAGCGGCGCCAGGUCUUCGGCCAGAACUUCAUCCCCCCCAAGAAGGCCAAGACGUUCCUGCAGCUGGUGUGGGAGGCGCUGCAGGACGUGACGCUGAUCAUCCUGGAGAUCGCAGCCAUCAUCUCCCUGGGGCUCUCCUUCUACCACCCCCCGGGAGGGGACAACGAGCUGUGCGGGCAGUCCUCGGGCGGCGUGGAGGACGAGGGCGAGUCGCAGGCGGGCUGGAUCGAGGGCGCUGCCAUCCUGUUCUCCGUCAUCAUCGUGGUGCUGGUGACGGCCUUCAACGACUGGAGCAAGGAGAAGCAGUUCCGGGGGCUGCAGAGCCGCAUCGAGCAGGAGCAGAAGUUCACGGUGAUCCGCAAGGGCCAGGUGAUCCAGAUCCCCGUGGCCGAGAUCGUGGUGGGAGACAUCGCCCAGAUCAAGUACGGUGAUCUCCUGCCUGCAGACGGGAUCCUCAUCCAGGGCAAUGACCUGAAGAUAGACGAGAGCUCGCUGACCGGGGAGUCAGACCAGGUGAAGAAAUCCAUGGAUAAAGACCCCAUGCUGCUGUCAGGUACCCACGUGAUGGAGGGCUCGGGCAGGAUGGUGGUGACUGCCGUGGGCAUCAACUCCCAGACAGGGAUCAUCUUCACCCUCUUGGGAGCAGGAGAAGGUGACGAGGAGAAGAAAGUGAAGAAAGGUAAAAAAAGCGGAGCCCCCGAAAACCGCAACAAAGCUAAAACUCAGGAUGGUGUGGCCUUAGAGAUCCAGCCCCUGAAGAGCCAGGAGGGGGUGGAAAACGAGGAGAAGGAGAAGAAGAAGGUGAAGGUGCCCAAGAAGGAGAAGUCGGUGCUGCAGGGGAAGCUCACGCGCCUGGCGGUGCAGAUUGGGAAGGCAGGGCUGAUCAUGUCGGCCAUCACCGUCAUCAUCUUGGUGCUCUACUUCGUCAUCGACACCUUCGGGGUGCAGAAGCGGCCCUGGCUGGCCGAGUGCACCCCCAUCUACAUCCAGUACUUCGUCAAGUUCUUCAUCAUCGGCGUCACCGUGCUGGUGGUGGCCGUCCCCGAGGGGCUCCCGCUGGCCGUCACCAUCUCGCUGGCCUACUCCGUCAAGAAAAUGAUGAAGGACAACAACCUGGUGAGGCACCUGGACGCCUGCGAGACCAUGGGCAACGCCACGGCCAUCUGCUCGGACAAGACGGGCACGCUGACCACCAACCGCAUGACCGUGGUGCAGGCCUACGUGGGGGACACCCACUACCGCCAGAUCCCCGACCCCGAGGCCAUCCUGCCCAAAAUCCUGGACCUCAUCGUCCACGGCGUGGCCAUCAACUCUGCCUACACCUCCAAAAUCCUGCCACCAGAGAAGGAAGGGGGGCUGCCCCGCCAGGUGGGCAACAAGACCGAGUGUGCCCUGCUGGGCUUCGUGCUGGACCUGAAGCAGGAUUACCAGGCUGUGCGCAACGAGGUGCCCGAGGAGAAGCUCUACAAGGUGUACACCUUCAACUCCGUGCGCAAGUCCAUGAGCACCGUGCUGAGGAGCAGCGGCGGCGGCUUCCGCAUGUACAGCAAGGGCGCCUCCGAGAUCAUCCUGCGCAAGUGCACCAAGAUCCUGGACAAGAGCGGCGAGCCGCGGGUGUUCAAGGUGAAGGACAGGGACGAGAUGGUGAAGAAGGUGAUCGAGCCCAUGGCCUGCCACGGGCUCAGGACCAUCUGCCUGGCAUUCCGGGAUUUCCCUGCGGAGGCAGAGCCCGACUGGGACAGCGAGAACGAGAUCCUGUCUGACCUGACCUGCAUCGCUGUGGUGGGGAUCGAGGAUCCCGUACGGCCCGAGGUGCCCGAUGCCAUCCUGAAGUGCCAGCGCGCGGGCAUCACCGUCCGCAUGGUGACAGGGGACAACAUCAACACUGCCCGCGCCAUCGCCACCAAGUGUGGCAUCCUGCUGCCCGGGGAGGACUUCCUGUGCCUGGAGGGGAAGGAGUUCAACCGGCUCAUCCGCAACGAGAAGGGAGAGGUGGAGCAGGAGCAGCUGGACAAGAUCUGGCCCAAGCUGCGGGUGCUGGCGCGCUCCUCCCCCACGGACAAGCACACCCUGGUCAAAGGAAUCAUCGACAGCACCGUGGGUGACCAGAGGCAGGUGGUGGCUGUGACAGGGGAUGGGACCAACGAUGGCCCAGCCCUGAAGAAAGCAGACGUUGGCUUUGCCAUGGGCAUCGCGGGCACGGACGUGGCCAAGGAGGCCUCGGACAUCAUCCUGACAGAUGACAACUUCACCAGCAUCGUCAAGGCCGUCAUGUGGGGCCGCAACGUCUACGACAGCAUCGCCAAGUUCCUGCAGUUCCAGCUCACCGUCAACGUGGUGGCCGUCAUCGUGGCCUUCACCGGGGCCUGCAUCACACAGGACUCGCCCCUGAAGGCCGUGCAGAUGCUGUGGGUGAACCUGAUCAUGGACACGUUCGCCUCGCUGGCGCUGGCCACGGAGCCGCCGUCGGAGUCGCUGCUGCUGCGCAAACCCUACGGGCGCAACAAGCCGCUCAUCUCCCGCACCAUGAUGAAAAACAUCCUGGGCCACGCCGUCUACCAGCUCACCAUCAUCUUCACCCUGCUCUUCGCUGGGGAGAAGUUUUUCGACAUCGACAGCGGCCGGAACGCGCCCCUGCACUCGCCGCCCACCGAGCACUACACCAUCGUCUUCAACACCUUCGUGAUGAUGCAGCUCUUCAACGAGAUCAACGCCCGCAAGAUCCACGGCGAGAGGAACGUCUUCGAGGGCAUCUACCGCAACCCCAUCUUCUGCACCGUGGUGCUGGGCACCUUCUUUGCCCAGAUCAUCAUUGUGGAGUUUGGUGGGAAGCCCUUCAGCUGCUCUGGGCUCACCCUGAGCCAGUGGUUCUGGUGCAUUUUCAUCGGAGUGGGAGAGCUCCUGUGGGGCCAGCUGAUCUGCACCGUGCCAACGAGCCACCUGAAGUUCCUGAAGGAGGCAGGGCACGGCAUCACCAAGGAGGAGAUCCCCGAGGAGGAGCUGCCCGAGGACGUGGACGAGAUCGACCACGCGGAGAUGGAGCUGCGGCGGGGGCAGAUCCUGUGGUUCCGGGGGCUCAACAGGAUCCAGACCCAGAUGGACGUAGUUUACACAUUCCAGACCGGCGCCUCCUCUUUGCAGGGAGCCCUCAGGAGACAGCCUUCCAUCGUGAGCCAGCACCACGAUAUCAAAGUGGUGAAUGCGUUCCGUAGCUCCCUGUACGAAGGCCUCGAGAAACCCGAAUCCAGAAGCUCCAUCCAUAACUUCAUGACUCACCCAGAGUUCAUCCUGGAGGAAGACGAGCCUCGGACACCAUUCCUUGACGGCACCGAAGACGAGCCCGAGCCUGACGGACUCCAAAAGCGAGGUGGGGGCAGCCUGGGGGGCUCCACGGCCCUCAACAGGAACAACAACGCCGUGGACAGCGAGUUCAGCUUCCCCGAGCCCGGGAGCCCCUUCCACAGCCUGGAGACCUCUGUUUGACCUUAGAACUUGGAAUUCCCCCUCCUCCUCCUCCUCUUCCUCGUCCUCAUCCACCUGGGCCCUGUGUGAUCCCAGCACCAGUAACUGAUCACACGCUGCGGUCAAACUGCUCAUGCCUGUAUCAUCAGCUGGGGGGUUUUUGGGGUUUUUUUGGGGGGUGGGGGGUCUAAUGUGUUUUUUUUUCCUUUUUGUUUUGUUUCAUUUUGUUUUUAUUUUUUACCGUUAUUUAGCAGUGGGAAGCAGAGUACCACCACGCUGGGUGUUGGGAGAGAGGCUAAGCCAAAAAAAAAAACCAAAAAAAAAACCAAAAAAAAAAAGAAACCAAUUGUGCAUCUCCAUCCCUGAUUUUCCGUGGUACUCACCCAGGGGAAGCUGCCAGGUUCUUUCCUCUCCAAGAGUUGGGCUCCAGGCACCUGGAGCCACGGGGUUUUCACUUUGGAAAAAUGCAUGUUCCAAGGAAAUUCAAAUUGUUGUAGUCUUACACGCCCUCAGCCCGAAGGCUGGGGGUGCACUUGUGACUUGAGUUGAUUUUUUUUUGUGGAUUUUUUUUUUUUCACACGUGGUUUUUAGGGUUUUUUUCUUCUCAUGUUGGGGUUUGCUCUUUGCUUGUGGGAUUUGCUCCCCUACCCCGUGGCAAGUGGGGAGGGGCAGUCACUGCUCCAGUGUGAAAAUUAAGGAAUAAAGUAAAAAUCCCAGCCAGGGGAAGGUGUUUACUCCAAGGUUCAGAGAUCCAGGGAUGCCCACCAGUCUUCCACCUUUGAAAAAUGGUACCUGGGCUUCUUCCAGCUCCCCACACGUUUUUCUCUCUCUUGUUUCCAGACUGGGAGAUGAGAAAUGAAGGUGGCUUGGCUCUAAUUUUGCUGGAGGGGAGAAAUUCUGAUUUUCCUGCAAAGGUGGAGGUGAAACUGCCAGGGAAAAAGGUGGGGAGAGCCCCCCAGUUGUGAGGGAUGCAGCUUCUUCCUGAGGAAUUCUCUAGGAAUUCUCUUCUCCUCCUCUAGGAGAGGCCUCUGUGCUGCUCUUGGUCAGGGGGGAAACUUGGGGAGAGGAUUUUUGCAGCUCUCCCAGCUCCUGCCCUCCAGAGCAGAGAGAUUUUUGCCCUUUUUUUUUAGUGCUCUUGAGGUCCAGCACCCCUGAGCCUCACAGUGAUGUGGGAGGAGGCUCCAGCCAUGCCCAAAAGCUGUGGGAAUCUGAGUGGGGACCUCCUGAAUCCUGGGAGGGAUCAACCCAGCUGUCUCAUGGUCCACUGGAAGGCUCCUGGAUGAUCCCAGAUUUUCCUGGGGGUUUGGCCUGGGUGGCUGCAGGUCUCCCAGAGAAGGAAGCUUGGCCUCACCUGGCUGCUUUUUUUUUGGAGGUCAUCUCCUCCCCUUGAGCCCUGCCUCACCUCCAGCCCUGGGAACAACCCAGGGAGAGUCCCUUUCCUUGGAGCUGCCUCUGGAUUGUCCCUCUGGCCAUCCCUGGAGCAGGAGCAGGGUUUGGGCUCCUCCUUGCCCUGGGGGAAGCUCUGCCACCUCCCUGCUCUCCUCCAUCCCCUCUGGCUGAGAGCAUGAGCUGGAAGCGAGGCCAUUCCCAGCCCUGGAUGGGAAAACGCUGGGAUUGCAAACCCUGAGGGAGGGUUUUUUGGUUGUUUUUUUUUUUUUUUGAGGAAAGGCUGGCUCUGGCUGGGUUCUCCUCCCCUGUCCUGCCAGGAACGCACAGCGGAAUCUCCCGUGCCUUGUCCGAGCACUGCCUGCAGCACCUCCUGCCACGCCAGGCCCAGAUCUUUGCCAAGAUUUAAGUGUUCCUUAAACCACAACGCAAACCAAGCGUCUCUGUGUCCUUCCCUGGGCUGGGAGGAAGAGGAGGAGGAGGAGGAGGGAAGGACGAGCUCCUUUUUUCCUGCUGAGGAAAGGUCUUUAUCCCAAAAAUCCCAAAUAUCCUGGAUAUCCUGAGUGUCCCACCCUGGUGCUGGCGAGCUGGGCUUUGUUCACUGCCAACAGCAAGAGGAAAAUGCCACCACUGCCCGUCCCCAGUGCAAAUUCAGUGUCCACCCCAUGCCCUCCUUGCCUCCCUCCCCCAAAAAAAUAACCCAGGGGAGUGAGGGGAUCUUGGGUUAAACACGUGGAAAAACAACAACAACAACAACAACAAAAAAAAAAACCCAAAUGAGGGGUGGUUGUGGGGUUUUGGUUCUGUGCUAAAGGUGACGUUGCUUAAAAAAAAAACAAAAAAAAAAAAAAUCCAAACGAGGGGGGGUU